AUGGCACCUCCUGCGAGGAUAAGCAUAGGAAAUCUGCCCAUCCGACCACCCUCCUUCAAUCCCGUGCGCCUACGAACAUAUAUCCUUCGAUUACCUCUCUUCACCCGUCUCAUCCUCCUCGCAAUCAUUGCCUUUUGGAUUCUCGAGCUUCAAACUGUCUGGAGCGUGAUACAAUGGGGCGCAUUGAUCCCCAAAGAAAUCGGAUUCAGCAGCAUGUAUAGAUUGAAUACAUUUCCACUGAUCCAUCUGGGAUUCUUCCACAUGUUAAUGGACACGAUAUGCUUGGUUCCCCUAUUGGAAAGAUUCGAAGCGGAAUGGGGUACUUUGACAAGUGUUGCUCUGUUCAUGGGACCCUUGGGUCAAAUACCGGCCGCUCUGUAUCUGCUUUUGGACUAUGUGAUUCUACGAGAUAACACGCCUGUCUUGGGCGCAAGUAUCUGGGUUUUCCUCCUGCUUGCAUCCGAAGCCAUCAAGACGUACCGAGCGAACCCUCACUUCGACAUCGCCGGGCAAAAAAUACCAACCUGGAUAACACCUCUAGUCUUGCUUGUGGUCAUUUGGAUAUUGAUCCCUAACACGUCCUUCCUGGGCCAUCUUAGUGGCUGCAUAACAGGCUAUCUAUGGGGUCUUGGUUACAUACGAUUCCUGGCACCACCGGAGAAAGCUCUACGGUGGAUUGAGGGCAAAUUGAAUCUACUCGGACGGCUGCCUUACUAUGUCUCUGUUGACCAAAAGACAUACGGCAGAUAUGGUGUACUCCCGUCAAGCUCGACAAGUGGACCCAACGAACACAUGAGCCCAAUUGGACUGGGCUGGAUUGGAAAUGGCUCAAGUUCAGGGCCUGGUCAGAGACUUGGACCGUGA